ACUGAGAGGAGAGCGCUCCGAGAAGACCAGCGAGUCUCAGCGCUAAGCGCCGCGCUCUUUCCCAAACUGUUGCUCCGCGAAGCGACCACUUCGGAAAGCCUUCUGACACAGCUCCCACGGCAGAGCGGGCUUUUGUCUGUCAGUGUGGGACAGAAAAUGUCUGAGCGCGUCGCUCCCUUUCACAGAAACCGCUGCGUAGCUGCAGCAGCGCCCGCUGGAAAAGCCAGACUAACCCACCCUGGCAAGGCGAUUCUGGCAGGUGGAAUUGCAGGUGGCAUCGAAAUUUGCAUCACUUUCCCCACAGAGUAUGUGAAGACUCAACUUCAGCUGGAUGAAAAAGCCAACCCUCCACGCUACAGAGGCAUCGGGGACUGCGUUACACAGACGGUUCGAGGCCAUGGAGUAAAGGGCUUAUACAGAGGCCUCAGCUCACUACUGUAUGGAUCUAUACCCAAAUCAGCAGUCAGGUUUGGUGUGUUUGAGAUUUUGAGUAAUCAGAUGCGUGAUGAAGCUGGGCGGCUGGACAGCACACAUGGUUUAAUCUGUGGCCUGGGAGCCGGGGUCAUGGAGGCAGUGCUGGUUGUCUGUCCUAUGGAAACAAUCAAGGUUAAGUUCAUCCAUGACCAGACCUCAGCCAACCCCAAAUACCGGGGCUUCUUUCACGGAGUUCGAGAGAUUGUUAGAACUCAAGGGAUUAUGGGAACAUACCAGGGUCUCACAGCGACGGUGCUUAAGCAGGGCUCCAAUCAGGCCAUCCGAUUUUUUGUCAUGACUUCACUGAAGAACUGGUACAAAGGUGACGACCCUAACAGGCCUAUGAACCCUGUAGUGACGGGUGUGUUUGGUGCUGUAGCUGGUGCUGCUAGCGUGUUUGGAAACACGCCUCUAGAUGUGAUCAAGACCAGAAUGCAGGGUUUGGAGGCUCAUAAGUAUAAAAACACCUUAGACUGUGCUGUGCAGAUCAUGAAACAUGAGGGACCAACUGCGUUCUACAAGGGUACAAUUCCUCGGCUGGGCCGCGUAUGCUUGGACGUAGCCAUCGUUUUUAUCAUCUAUGAAGAGGUGGUGAAGGUUCUCAACAAAGUCUGGAAGACAGAGUGAGAGAACCGAAAGAGAAGAGAGAAGAUAUCCAGAGAGAGGAGAGAGAUUAAGGUGGAAAACCUGAGACGCGAUCACUGUGCCAAAAGGUGGAGUGUUUAUAGGUGUGCAACUCCUACUGUAGCUCCUCUCUCGAACUUUGCACACAAGUGUUUUUAACAGCGGUACAUCAAUAGCGUAGCAAUACUCAUUUACUCAGAUAAUGUUGUGGCAAUGUCUCUGUUUUAAAGGAAAACUCCAGCAUUGUUCAGCCUAAUCUCUAUCUGCUGUUUCAGUACUGUAUGCUAGAUUUCCAUGAACAGUCAUUUUGAAAGAGCAGCUCUGUCUGUGCUUAAAAAUGAAUAGAAAACUAUUGACUCACACUUACGAUACAAUCCAAUGGGCAGGAUGAAGCGACUGUUAGCGACUGUUGUAAUUGUGAGGAAAAGGAGCAGAACUCAAAUCCAAACUUUCAAAUACUGAAAAUUUCUCCGUAACGUUACACAUUCUCAUAUUGCAGAACAAAGGGAUGUCUGAACUCUAUAGUCCCCAGUACAGAGUGCUACUAUAGCACAGAGGAAGCUUUACAGAAGAGUCCAGCAAACAACAGCUCAGCUUUAUUUGAAUAUUUGUAUUAAAAUAAAACCUUUCAUUUAGUGAAUUAAUCACAUUUGGAAUCAGUUAAUUAACUCUGCAUUAAUUGCAUUGAAUUGAAAGGUGCAAGGCACGAUACGAUGUGACUAGUAACGUGAGUUCAGACCAAUAGCAUUUGUUUGUUUAAAGGAACCAGAUUGGGGAUAUUUGUGGCCUGGGUUUAAUGUUGUAAGAUGCUGAGUGGCACUAUCUCAGGUGGCCUGAGUAGUAGUCCUAUAUGUUUCUUUGUUUGUUUGUUGUUGUCAAAUGUCAAGUUUGACUGAAAUGCUCAACCCCAAUCAAAACAAACUUCUGAUAGAAGCUAAUGAAUAUUUAACUGCCCAUUAGCUUUAAUAAUUAUUAAUUAUUAAGUGUUUAAGUCUACAGAUUUCAUUUCUAAAUACCAAGCAGUGUGUCAGACAGCUCUGUGGUAAUUGACCGGGUGCUGCAGACACAGCAGAUAUUGGUUAGAUUGAAAACACUGGAGUAUUCCUUUGACUGUAAUGUGCCAACCUGCUGGGUAGUUCAGUAGUAGUUUCAUCACAGAGGACGAUUCAUUCCUAAUUAAAUUACCAUCCAUGCACAUCUCUCUCUCUCUAACACACUCACACACACACACACACCCCAAAUGCACAGAGGAAGGGGGGGUAAUGGCAAAGUAUGCUAAUGUAUUGUUUUUUUAAAUGUUUUAUUAUAAAAUAUGGGACCAGGAAUUUAGGAUUAAAAGUAGAGCGAUUUUAUUUUAACAGAGACUUUUAGCCUACAGAUCAUUACAUAAAAGAAGGGCGAGUUUAUUAUUAAUGAGCAUUAGACAGCAGAAGCAGUGGCACUUUUUAACAAAAUGUAUUAACUUCUGAGGCCUUUGCUAUUUUACAUUGAUAACAAUGUUGCUGUUUACCAGUAGUGGGAAUUUAGCUUUUUUAUCAUUUCUAAAUGCCACUACAUUCGCAUGAAUACAACUUGAGUUGCAUUUUUCAAACUAAAGUGAACUGCAACUCAUAGUAUUCACUGUGAAGGAAGAGUAACGUAUGCUUUAGUAUAUCAGCAUUUUUCCAUCACUGUGAUUUAUUUAAUUGUGGGUGUUUUACUUUUACAUUUGCAACCCAAAUGGUUGGUUUGGUUAAUACAUUUUUAAUAUAUUUUGUAUUUAUUUUUCACUUAUGUUGCACGUGUGCCUUUAACCAUACAUUCCACUUGAUUUUGAAUGAAUGAAUAGUUCUAACUUCUUUUAUGAGUCACCUCAGUCUGUUUUAUGUUGGUCUGAAUCCUGCUGUCUCUUUGUUAACUCUGCCUCUGUGCAAUAUUCUGCAAACUGUAGAUACUUAAGAAAAAAAACACCUUGGAGCUGAAUGUACAGAGAACGCUAGAGCUGUGUGUAUGUUUUAUUCCUGAGACAGAGAGCAGUGUUGAAUUUCCUUGUUGUUAAAUGUAAAUGUGAAAAGAUGAUAUUAGGUUUAUGAUGAAAAGUCAGGUCUUGUUGUUAUGUGACGCUGUGAUGUAACGUGAGGGUAUACACUCACCGGCCACUUUAUUAGGUUCAGUUGCCUAGGUGUGCCUAAUAAAAUGGCCGGUGCAUAUAUGUUUCUCACAUAACGCACAAGAAAACCAUUAAAGGCAACAGCUAGCUCAGAUGCUCAAAAGUACUGCAUUGUACAGACAAAAUUGAGGGCAAAUACACUGAAAAAAUUCUAGCCAUAAUCUGCCAGAUCUUCCUCAGUGGAAAUAUUUGUAAAACCCACUGAACUGUGACUGUUCCAGCUCGGCCUUCGGUUUCUGCCAUAAAUGUCAAAACCCGAUCAAGAAAUGAGAAAAAUAAAAUCCACUUUUAUGAUCACGCUAAUUUCAAUCUAGCCCCCUUGUGGGAUUUAUAAUAAUCCAUGUGCUUCUUUCUUUGGGUUCCUUCCUAGUCCGGCCCCCUUGUUUUCUGACUCCGCCCCUGAUUGUUCCCACCUGUUUUCCACCUGUGUCUGGUGAACCCUUGUUAGCCCUCUUGUAUUUAAGCCCUGUGUUUUCCUUUGUCUAGUGCUGGUCUUUGUUUGUUUGUUGGAUAUACUGUUUGAAGAGUUUUGUUUAUUUCUGGUCUGUUUGAAGUUCUGUGUUCAUUUUGUUGUGUCUGUCCCUCCUGAUCUCCGUAUUGGCCAUUGGAACCUGGAAGAAAUUCAAGGAAAAUGUACAUUACAUUACAAACUAUGGAACAGCAUUCAGUGUUGUAACAGAUGAGAAAUGCACUCUUGGCUUUGAGACACAGCUGUUGGUUUAUUAUACUACCACGUCCUAAUAAUGUGGGUAAUAAAGCUAAAAUGUAAGGCCUUCUGUCCGCCUUUUAAAGACCCAACCACUUGGAGACCUCACUUGGUUGUAUCUACCUAAACACCACAGAGAAAAAAAAAUGAUUGGGUGUUUAUUAUGAAAGAAUACAUUUAUUAAUUAAUGAGUAUGUUAAUUAUCUUCAAUUGGCCUUGCUUUAUUCAAUUUGUGACUACAUGAUGCUUGCUAACUUAUUAGUAAUAUUUAUUAUUAAACAUUUAAUCAGGAAAUAGCAAAUGAAGUUGCAGAAAAUGCAGUGAUAUUUUUAUGGGCAUCGCUUUGAUCACAAACACAUUUUUGUGGUUCAGAUAAUUAAUUAUUGGACCUGGCGCUCUGAUCCCUGGUCACAUUGAGCACGACUCAUCAUAUAAUUUCAUUUGAGCAUGAAAAUUAAUGUUUCCCUGUGAUUUUUCCCUCAAAAUCGAGUGCCUCAAAAAUGUCUUCUGAGUUUUGAUUACUUCAUCAUGCAGCAGCAGCCAGGGAAAAAUAAUAUUAAUCAGUAGUAACGUGUUUCACUUCCCAAUCCCCUGAUUCCUACAUAUCACCAAAUCAAGCAAAGCACUCAGAGACCCAGUUCCCUGUUCCUGUGACCAUGCGUCACUCAGAAAUACGUCAAAAGGAAAAUGUGGUUUCCAAUUCAUGUUGAGUUUAAGUCGAUGACCAUCAAAGAGAACUAACACGUGUGUUUGUGUGAGUGUGUCUGUCUGUGUUUGUCUCUGUGUGUUUGUGUUGGUGCAGGUAACGUUUAUUGGUGCCUUCUUGAAGUGUCAUGUACCAUCCAUUGCUGGUGCCAUUCGUAUCAUAGGCUAAUGACUUUGUCAUCUCUUUCUGGUGGAACCAUGAGUGUGUCAAUACUAAUAUGCUAAUGAAAUGAUUUUAUUUUCCUAACUCUGUGAAAUAAAUCAGUCCUAAGACUA